GGCUUCCCUAGCUUUGGUGAACCCAACGGUCAGCCGCCCACGCCGAAACGGACGCCGACUUUUUCCAUUCUACCGAGUCCCGUUUUCGAGACGCCCAAGAAUAACCAAGGCCGCUUUGACGAGUCAAGCCGGUGGACUCCUCGGUUCGCCGAGGAAUUUUCAGUCUUCAACACAACCCCGGGAAGCUUGAGAAACGGUCUAGACUCGUUCCCUGCCUUCAGCCCGGCAACCCCAUCUCCUGUUGGUGCAGGUCAGAAACGCCCAUUGUCUACCGACGAGACUGCUUCCGAGACCGCUGAGCAUGUGAAUAAGCUCCCGCCAAACGCGAGCCUUCAGCUUCCCCGCGUCGAGUCUUCAAAAAUCUUACGAUCGUCACCGGUCCCCUUGCAAACUCCGACGUUCGGCCACUCAGCCGCUGCCGAUCAGCUGCCGGGACCCGUCGAAAGGUCGGCGAAAAAGGCGUGUCGCGGCCCGGCUGCCCUAGAAUCGCAGAGGCAGCCAGUAACCCCACCCCCUACGGCCCGCAAGGGUGAUCGCAAGCUUGCUCCCAAGCUUGACACCGUCACCAUGCAAAAUGAUCAGGACUUUGUCCAGCAGCACUACAUGGCGACUACCCCACAGCAGGCCAUGGGUAGCUUCGUGACAGCUCAAGGUGACAUGUUCGCUUAUCCUCUGUCGGCCCCGGCUUCUGCACCUGCAUUCGGGGCUCAAAGGUCCUUCUGGGACUCUGAUCCAAACCUGGCUGGCCUGAAUAUUGACUUCGGGACUGGCGGCGGGGAAGUCUUCCAACCACACCCCUCACACCAAGCCUCGGGUCCCGCAGCUUGGGCAGCUGCGAACCAGAUGUUGCAAAGUCAUAACGGGGUUGCGGGACAUGGAAGUGGACAUGCCUCUUCUGGUGACCACCACUCUACCCUCGUCUCCCAAGGGCCCAUGCCGAUGCUUGUAACCUCAUCAGCGGAGCAUCGGAUGUUUGCGGUCAGCUAUCCCACCCCUGUCGAUGACCCUUUUGGGAUAAGCGACAACGGUGGCGCCGUGAAUCCCGGGCUGCUCUUCAGCCAACCUCAGUCUGCCAGCAUGCAUCAGGCUCCUUUUAGCCAAUCUAUGCAACCUCCAGGCCCUACAGCACACCAAGGAGGCCAGUUGGAUGGUAGUGUAUCGUCGAUCCCGGAGGCCGGGAAUCACAGCGAGCUGCGCCGUUCGGCCACCGUCAAAGAUGUGACCCCGAAGAAACAAGAUCGGACCUCGGCAAGCUCUCCGACCAAAUCCACCGGACGGCCCGGGCUUUCCCGCAGUUUCAGCGAAAACAGAGGAAGGAAGCCGUUGGGCCGGUCAUCUCUGCCCACCCUCGCGCCCGCUCCACGUCCCCAGUCUCAAUUGGUGAAUAAUGCCGGCGUCGGCGCCAAACGCGCAGUCGUAUCUCAACCCCAGAGACCGAGUGGAAGGUCGUCGCCAUCAAAAAGUACUCACCACAAGCACCAGCACCGCUUGUCGAGCCUGUCGUCAAUUCCCGAGACAUCAGGCCCACGCAUGCGCACGCAGGCCAAGUUCACGAUUGACGCUAAUGGGCGCGCCCGGGUAGAGACGACCGUGGUAGUGGUUAAUGAGCCUAGCCCAACAGCUCGCAAAAGGCACAGUUCGUAUACCGCGCCGCGCCGUCAGUGGGAUUCGUCAUCAGACGAUGAUUCGUCAUCCACUGAUGAGGACCCUAUCAUCAUUCCCAGCAGAAAUACGUCAUUUGCGCUCCCGGACCCUCGGAAGCCGACGACUGUCCAUCCGUUUCAUUCUUCACGGCCAAGCAUUAGCGAGCGCAGCACAACGUCAUCCACGAGCUUCCGGGGCGGGCUUCAGAAUGACGAGGACAGCGACGGGGAGACGGUAGUGGACGAAUUGACACCGACUCGGAAGGCUUCCGGAGAUGCCGUCAGUGAGCUCCGAAAAUUGCGUGAAAGCCGGCAACGGCAACAUACGACCUCCAAGCACAAACGGCUCACCUCGAGCGGUUCCAGGGCAGCCGCGUCUUUCGGAAACUACUCUGGGCGAUGCGCAACUUCGCCCACAACCCUGAGCGAUGCAAGCUUGCCCACCCCGACGAGCGAUUCUUCAAGAAACCGCGGCGUCCGUUGCGUGUGCAACCGAACCGAGGCUGGCCGGGACGAGUUUUUAGUUCAAUGUGAGUCGUGCGAGAUGUGGGUGCACGGCCAAUGCGUCAACAUUACACAGCGAGAGAUGCCAUCCAUAUAUAUCUGCGCAAUAUGCGCGAACACGCCAAAUGUCCGCGGAGGUAGAGUUCGAGACAACGGCGGUUUGUUUGGUUCAAUCGAGCCGCUAGCCACAACGACAUCGCCGCUGGCGCACAAGUCUCUCAAGUCGUUCCGCUAA